UUUUUUUUGUUGUACCUUAUUAUAUUUUAUGUUUGCCAAUGCACAAGACUAAUGGCACGACUUCACCUGGUAAUAUAAUUACGAUCAUGUGGUGUUUGCCUAAUAAUAUAAUUACAACUUUGCAUGAGGCAUUUGAUCGCAAGGGAUGGAGUAGGAAGAUAUUUGUGGAUGACUAUAUGAAAUAAUCAUUUUUGGUUUAUGUAGCCGACUCUACUUAUUGGAUUAAGGCUUUGAUUUAUUAAUUGGUAUUUAUAGAGCAAUUUAAUAUCAAUGAGCUCUUUCCUUACACUGAAAAUGAUGUAGAUUUCCAACAAUGAUUGAAAAAAGAAAUUAGUCACUAAUUAUGGUUGAUGUUAACUAGGCUAAUUGGUAAAGUCGUGAAGGUUGGUACUUAAGACUUGAAUUAUUAUUAUUAAUAUCCAUGCGCUUUUAGUUGAGUGCUUUUCCUAAUUAAUGCUACAAAGAAAUGUACCAUCCACGUCAGCUAUUUUUCGUUUUUUUUGACAAAACCAAGUAGUGGUUAUUAAGAAAAUCGAUUUUUCCUCUCCUUUUUACUUGGACAGUAUAGUGGAAAUUUAAGAAAAAAUGAUUUUAAUUUGAAAAUUGAAUCUAUUCGUAGCAUUGUUUAGGAAAAGCACUUCUUUUAGUUCUCUAAAAAAAAUGUAUGAUUUUUAUUACUCCGUAAAUACCCGCAUUGACUGGUUAUAAUAAUGGAUUGAGAUUUGUCAAAAAUUUCCCUAUUCCCUUACCCAUAUAAGGGCGCUAUCUGAAAACUUAGUGGUCAUCGUUAUAUUGUAGAUAGUGUUUGCGUGGCUGAUGUCAAUUGGGUAAAGAUAAGCAGAUGGGUUGUCUUCUUUCUUCUGCCUGUGUACUGCACAUUGCACAAACUAACAGAAUUGAAACUAAUGUUAAUGAAUGGAUCACAAACUAAAAUCACAAAGAUUUCUUAACUAACUAAGCCUUAAUUUUUUAUUUUUUUUUGGCAAAUCCUAUGGCUCAUACUGUCCCUUCCAAUUCAUUUCUGUUAACAACUACACCUCAUUCUAGGCUGCUGGUUUACAAGAAACCAAGGCAGCUUACUGUAUUUGCUAAGAAUGCCGGGCCUUUCUCGUCGUUUCGACUAAGAAAACAGUCAGGUGAUGAAGCACCUUCCGAGGAUGAUGGCCAAGUUAAAAACAAUAAUCCCUUUCAGUUUGACUGGAGUAAGAUAUCUCAAGUCGAUGUCAAGUCACUGAUUCCGGUUGUCAAUAAUUCUUCUGGCUUGGUGGGCCCUGGUAGGCAGAAGGAUGCUGGGACUGUUUUCGUUGUGGGUGCCACCGGGCAGGCGGGCGCACGCAUUGCUCAGAAGCUAUUGCGAGAGGGGUUUAAGGUCCGCGCUGGGGUGCCAGACCUUGGUGCUGCACAAGAAUUGGCUCGGUUUGCCUCAGACUAUAAGAUUAUAUCGAAGGAGGAACUGAAACGCUUGAAUGCUGUUGAAUCCACGUUCAACGAUGCAGAAUCAAUUGCGAAAGCAAUAGGGAAUGCAAGCAAGGUGGUUGUUACAAUUGGUUCUUCUGAGAAUGGCCCCAACAAAGAGGUCACCACAUCAGAUGCUCUACAGGUAGUUGAAGCAGCUCAACUCGCCGGUGUGGGUCACUUGGCAAUCAUCUAUGAUACUUCACCAGUUGCAACAACCAAUAAUGUUCUGGACGGAAUCUCCUCCUUUUUUAACAACCUUUUCUCAAAAUCUCAGCCAUUGACGAUUUCUGAGUUCUUGGAGAGAGUCAUCCAGACUGAUGUCAGAUACACGUUCCUCAGGACGACAUUUACUGAGGAUUUUUCCCCUGAGAGUUCUUACAAUGUUGCUGUGGCCACAGAGGGGAGUGCUGGCACAAACGACUACAAAGUAGCAAGGUCACAGAUGGCUACUCUGGUGGCAGGUCUUUUUUCAAAUACAGCAGUAGCAGAAGAUAAGGUGGUGAACGUGUAUGCGGAUCCAUCAGCCCCAUUAAAGACUUUAGACGAACUUUUCAGUGCCAUCCCAGAGGACAAUAGAAGGAAAGAAUACGCAGAAGCAGUUGCAAGAGCUAAAGCAGAAGAAGAAGCUAUAAAAGCUGCUGAGCAAGCCCAAGAAGCAGCCGAGGCUAAGAAGCUGCUCGAAGAAGAAGUGAAAAAGUUGGCAGAGCAAGAAGCACGAGCUGCUAGUUUAGCUGAGGAAGCUAAAGAGAAGGCAGAUAAAGCAGGAACCUCAUUGGAUAGCUUAUUAAAUAGAGCUAAAGACAUAGGCUCAGGAAUUUCCUGGGACCAAAUUGGAUCACAGCUUUCCAGUGCAGUAAAAUCAUCUAAUAUUGAGCUCCCCAAAGUCCAGGUUGCUACUGUGAGAGGACAAGCAAAGGCCCAGAAUUUACCUGCACAAAAAGCUGUGACCAAACAAAGUACUCCGAAGCAAAGAUCUAGACCAAAAGCAAAACCAACACCUGCAGAGGAAAAACCUAUCAGUAAAGAGUCGAAGAAGGAAGUAAGGAACAUAUUGGGUGGUCUGUUCAAGCAAGAAACUAUCUAUGUUGACGAUGUUUGAUGAUUGCUAUGAUUUUUCUGGUCCAACUAUCCAAAGUAGCAAUACUUCUGGUGCAUUAUGUUCUUGAAUCCUGGUUUCUUGUAUAUGUAUGGUUCCAAGUUCUGGUUUCCUGUAAUUCCAGUGAUGUAUCUGUCAUCUAAAGAUAUGUUUCAUGCUGUAUAUGUAUUACAUCUUCCCCUCCUUUCUUUAGCCGAAGUUUAUUGGUUGAAAACUGAAUGAGAGAUUCAGGAAAUCAAAGUAUUACAUAGAUUAAAUUUUU